GCGCCGUUAAUGCUAUUCACUCAGUGCGCGGGCAGUGUGGCCAGUAUCAAUUGAUGGUGUGCGCCUCAAGCUCAUUUUAUACGACUUGCUGGAUAGCUCGUGGUAACUUUGUCUUGAAAUUUCAUCUAACUCAGCAAUUGAUUGCAGUAAACUGUUUAGUAUAUUAAAUCGUCCCGGAAUGGGUGAGCUUUGCGCGCUCUUAUAUGAUCCGCGACUCGUCCUGUAGGAAUUGAAUCUGCUGUAUGUUGCACGCCCCUCACCGGAUCACAUCAAGUGGACUAAAAGAAAAUAAGGGAACAACAGGGAAGAAAAGAGCAAUGCUACGACAAGGUCGACCAGCCUUUCCUUGAACGUAUCCAGAUCCAAGGGCGCUGAAAACUAUUUUUUCCCUCUCCAAAUGCUGCCUUGUUUGUGCGUCAAACCAUUCACAACUUCGCCUCCCCAUCAAAGGAUUUAAUGGAGACCAGUUCCGUCAAGUUACGGAAACCAGCGCUUCCCAACAAGGGAAUACCUAAAGUUCAAGAAGAAUGAGGAGUCAUCGGGGACGGUGGAAGCAGCAUGAGUGGCCCCUGUAUCACUGUUAGACUGACGGCCCUCAUGUUUCUAUGGAAGUGGAUAACAAUAAGCCUGCUACUGAGCUGGAUGUUGGUAGAGGCCAACGAUGGAGAGCCUUCAGUGACUGGAUUCACUGGCUCUGCAGGGGCCCUAGGCUGGCUACUGACAGGCAAGGGUCCUUUCCACAACUCACAGGAGUUUACUGAUUUCGCAGAGCGCUACCAGCAAGGAUUCACCACGAAAUACAAAAUAUACAGGGAGUUUGGACGAUGGAAGGUGAACAGCCUGGCCUUGGAAAGGCAAGUUAACAAUGGUUUUCCCUUUCCACUGGACCCGGAAUUCCUCCAGACCAUUCGGCAACUUGGAAGGCGGCCUAGUCUCAGCGUGAUCACUGACAACCUCAUUAGGAAAUACGGGACCCACUUCCUACUUUCUGCCACGCUCGGAGGAGAAGAAUCUUUAAUGAUCUUUGUGGACAAGCGGAAGUUGAGUCGGUCAACUGAGUUGACUGACACUAAUGGUACAGCUUUGACACUGGAGGCUCUCCACCAACUGGCUGCCUCCUACUUCAUUGACAGAGAGAGCACCCUUCACAAGCUGCACCACAUCCAGAUUUCUUCCACUGUCAUCAAGGUGACGGAAACAAGGACGGGUCCUCUUGGAUGCAGUAACUAUGACAACCUUGACUCUGUCAGUUCCGUUUUGGUUCAGAGCCCUGAAAACAAGAUCCAUUUGCAAGGCCUUCACGCUAUACUGCCAGAAUAUCUGCGGGACAGGUUUGUGCAGGCAGCACUCAGCUACAUCGGAUGUAAUGAGGAAGGCCAUUUUGUGUGCCGGGACAAUGACUGCUGGUGCCAGUGUGCUGCAGACUACCCACAGUGUAAUUGCCCUGAGUUGGAUUUGAAGUCUAUGGAAGCAAGUUUGCUGCAAAUUCAAGAUUCUUGGAACACAGCCAACCAAGAAUUUGAAGAGUCAGACGAAUUCCAGAAUUUUGUUCGGAGACUUCCCACAUUGUAUGCUUUGAACACAUCUGCCGUCGAGUUCUUCUGGAAAAUGGAACCGGCAAUUCAUCAGCGCUACAAACAGCUGGAGCUCAACACUCAGCAGCUUCUGAGCAAAUCUAGGCGGCUCAUCAACAAGCUCUUCACCCUCAGCAAGAGGUGCCACACCAAGCCCAAAAUCGUUACUCUGAGGGAGAGACCUUUGACCUACUGGUUGAACUACAUCCUCUCCAUUAAGUACUGCAGUGAAAACAGUCACAUUGGCUCAUAUUUGGAGGAGACCCGCAGUUGUUCCUGCCCCUUCGAGCACCCUAACUGUCAAGGUCUUAUUCCCUGCACAGUGGGUGAAGGCACAUCCUGUGGCUCCUGUUCUUAUGAGAACCGUUCACGCUGUGCCACGUGCAACCAGGGUUACAUGCUUAGUCAGGGCACAUGUCGCAACGAAGUACCAGACUCCAUUGACCAUUACAUUGGCUUUGAGACGGACCUGCAGGACUUGGAGUUACGCUAUCUACUGCAAAAACGGGACAACCGCAUCAGCAUCCACGGGAUCUUUGUCAGCAAUGAUGUCAGGUUAAAUAACUGGUUUGAUCCAUCUUGGAGAAAGAGGAUGCUGCUGACGCUAAAAAGUAACAAAUAUAAGUCAAACCAUGUCCACAUGCUUUUAGGGAUUUCUCUUCAGAUUUGCCUCACCAAGAACAUCACAUUGGACCCAGUUUUGUCUGUUUAUAUAAACCCAUUUGGGGGAAGUCAUUCAGAGAGUUGGAUCAUGCCUACAGACCAAAACAACUACCCCGAAUGGGAGAGAACUAAGUUAGAGCUAGCCCCUGACUGUUAUAAUUGGACUUUGACUUUGGGCAACAAGUGGAAAACAUUUUUUGAGACCGUUCACUUCUAUUUACGGAGUCGUAUCAGGGGCCCUUCGAGUAAUGGAAAUGGAACUGUAUAUUAUGAACCGUUGGAGUACUUGGAACCAGGGCAAAAUCUUGGCUACAUGAAAAUCAACAACAUACAGGUUUAUGGCUAUAGUAUGCACUUUGACCCAGACGCAAUCCAGGACCUAAUUUUACAGCUGGACUACCCGUACACUCAGGGAUCACAAGAUUCAGCCCUGCUGCAGCUGCUGGAGAUCCGAGAUCGGGUAAACAGACUUUCACCACCCGGAGCUCAGCCUUUGGAUCUCUUCUCUUGCUUGUUGAGGCAUCGGCUCAAACUAACCUCAACAGACGUUGCCAGGAUCCAGGCUGCACUGCAGACAUUCAGUGCCAAACAGCCCAACUCGAUGGAAUACGAAACAACCAAAUUAUGUAGCUAAUAAUUGGGCAGGAGGCCAAGUGCACAGAUGGAAAUACAUCACACACUGCUGAUGAUGGUUAAGAGCAAUUUUGUUUGAGGGGCAUUCUCAAUGUCAGUAAGAUUCUCAAGAGUGCAUUUUCAGCCUUCAAAUCAAUUUGUACAACACUCUAAUUCAGGGGUCGGCAACCUUCGGCUCCGGAGCCGCAUGCUGCUCUUUUCACCCUCUGAUGAAGGCCAGUUUUAUAUUUUAUGAACAGAACAAUUGAUUAAAAUUUAUUCUGGCGGUUGCGAGAUUUAACGAAGGUUUUUAAUUUCCCUUUAGUUGGCAGAUCACGUUAGGCUUACUGUAUUGUGUGUUUGUUAACAGAACAUUCACGCAGGUCAUGAAUUUACCAACUAUCUAAAGUCUCAGUUGCGACUUGGAAGGUGUAGCCACAAGUCUUUGCACCAUUCACUGGUGCAACGACUUGUGGGUACACCGCAAACCGUUGCACCGCUAAUGGCCACACACCCGUAUCAUGUCUGUUCAAAAUUUGUAUUAUAGCAAGUUAUAUGGCUUACUAAAAGAAUGAAAUUACAGCAGCAAUUUUUCAUUAACUUACUUUUUAAUAUAAUUGAUUUGGCCCACUAAAAUGAAAAACACAAAAAUCUUGUUGUUCAUGAGAUGUGUACUAUGUUACAUGUGAGAGUUUUGCUUAAACCAUGGAAGAGUCCUGUUUUGGCCUGGGUAAGGUCCAGUUGUAGCAUGGGUGAGUUAAUGAAUUAAACAUAAUGAACACCCACAACGGGACUAUAUCAAACUCACACAUUAAAAGACAUAAUGGACACUCAAGAUUCCUACUCUCCCUAUCUAAACAGCUAUACAGGACAUUUCUUUAUUACUUUUGCUUGAUGAGUGUAGUAUCGCCGCCUGUUCCUUGCGUUCAUGAUAAGAAACACAAAUGCUAACCCCUUAACUCCGCUACACUGUUGUUAGCUACGUAGAUAACCUGCCCGGCGCGUAUGGGCAGGGCAAAUCUGCCCAACACUGAUGAUGCCAUGAUUGGUCGCGUGGUGAACUGCAUACUAUUAUUGGCUAGACACCUGUUGCUCAUUGAGUUGCUUUGCAAAAUGCCAUCCAUUCAUAUAUCCAUUCAUCAUCUGCCGCUUAAUCCGGGGUCGGGUCGCAGGGGCAGCAGCUUUAGCAGGGAAGCCCAGACUUCCCACUCUCCAGCCACUUCAACCAGCUCCCAAGGUGUUCCCAGGCUGAGAGACAUGGUCUCUCCAGCGUGUCCUGGGUCAUACCCGGGGCCGCCCUCUGGUGGGACGUGCCCGGAGGGAGGCGUCCAGUAGGAAUCCGAACCAGAUCACAAUGCGGAGGAGUAUCGGCUCGACACGGAGUCCCUCCCAGAUAACCGAGCUUCUCACCCUAUCUCUAAGGGAGAGACUGGACACCCUUCGGAGGAAACUCAUUUCGGCUGCUUGUCUCCGUGAUCUUGUUCUUUCGGUCACGACCCACAGCUCAGGACCAUAGGUGAGGGGAGAAACGUGGAUCGACUGGUACAUCGAGAGGUGUUGGAUUUUGAGGUGCUGAUCUUCAUCCCAACCACUUCACACUCGGUUGCAAACCGCUCCAGUGAGAAUUGGAGGUCAUGGCUUGAUGAAGCCACAUCACACGCACCACAUCAUUUGCAAAAAGCAGAGAUGCAAUGCUGAGGCCACGAAACCGGACACCCUCAACGCUUCUUUUGCUUUGCAAAAUGGUGACAGAAAACAAUUGUGUUGGUCUAAUUAACUAGAUUACAUAAGUUCGAAUAUUAUACAACAAUAAAUACUGUAGCGCUUGCAAAAAUUGCCAGCGGAAUGUUGCUUCAGUAAAUCAGCACAGAAGUCUAGCUCACUUUUUACUCUUCAUUUUUGUCCGCACCCACCUUGUAGCAACCCACCAAUUGGAGCGUUGCGAUGCCGUAUCGAACGCACAAAUAGGAAAGUUAUGUUGCCGUAUCGAACACACCAAUAGGAGUGUCAUGCUGAUACAACACUGCAGCGCCAAUAGUAAUCCUAGUGACCCUGCGAUACGUUUCUGUUAAUUUUCUUUUGUGCGCUGCACAUAUAUUCUUGUGCGCCGAGUUUCUGCAAGCAGUGCGCGAUUGCACACACGCACAGCUUAUAGGGAACAUUGUCCACACGUCUUUGCACUUUACAUAGUUAGUGAAUUAAUGACCUGGGUGAGUGUUCUGCGGGUAAAAGUGUGUAAAAGGUAUAGACCCCAGAAUAUACGUAAAUACAGUAUAUGUACAUAUACACAUAUAUUCAGUCGAGCUGACACAAUCUUUUCAAAUGUCAAUAUGUGCGUGCGGCUCCCAGUGUUGUCUCGUCUGUAUGAAUU